UUAAGUACGAUUUUCAUUAUUGGAAAUUUUUUUUGAGUUCUUUUUUUCAUUCGGUAAUUAUUUUUUAUUUCCUGGUAAAUUUAUAACAUAUCACACAUAAAAAAUCGUAUAACUAACAUGUGCAGUAGAGUUACAAAAACGGUCAAAAUAUCUGUAAUUCAACCUUAAAGUUGACGACUGAGUUACACUCAUGAGUUAGAUGUAUGGCAGACGACAAGGAACUUUGGAAUCUGUCAUUUCGAUGUUAAUCGAAAAUAAAUUACGUUGGAACGUGUACAAACUAUCCAUAUUUCCGUUCGUAUUGAACAACAGGGUUAUGAGGCUCCAAUUUCGAAGUCUCGCUGUUCAUAAAUAUUUUUUCAGUGUUUUUAGUAUAAUUUGUGUAUUACAUGAUGGCUGAAAAAUGUAAGGAAUGUGGUUGCAAAUGCGUAAGUUGCAAUCAAAAUGAUCAGCAACAUGGAGAAAUGCAUUUGCAUGUAGAGAUAGAAAAUUUGCGCCAACGUUUAAUGGAAAGGGAUAAUCACAUUGUAACAAUGGAGACACAAUUCCUAAAUGAAGCUGAUAAAUUUCCAAAUGGAGAAUUAGCUUCUAUGAAGGAGGAAAUCUUAAUUUGGCAAGAAAAGUAUUCAAGGUUAUAUGAAGCUCAUAAACGUGUUCAAAAAGUUAAUCAAAAUCUUGAAGAUAAAUUAUUGAGGAUUGUAGAUAAAUGUGAAACAGAAAAAAGUGCAUUUACUAAGGAUAUUGCAACCUUAUCUCAUAGAUUAGCUGAUGCAAAUUAUACAAUACAUCGUUUAACCCAAGAUAAUCUGCCUUCUGAGGUACAAGCCAAAGUUAGGACAUACAUUGCACAAAAGAAACACUCCAAUGAUACGGCACCUGCUGAUGUAAAAAGUAUUACAGUGCCAAUUUCAACGUUUCCUCCAACUGCAAUGGUAUAUAAUGUAACUAAAUCUACAGUUGAAAACAGCGACGAUGAAACAGAUGAUUCGAAGCCACCAGUGGAUGUCGUCUCGGCAACGAUAAUGGCAAAAGUUUUAGAAGAUCGAGAGAAAGAAAGAGUAUUUGGCAAACAUUGUGACACGUGUACUUGUCACAAAAGCAUCUUAAUGGUUGACGCUGAAACUCAAACCAAUACGCCAAAUGUUUCUUCUUGUAACGAAUGUACAAUGAAGUAUGCACAAAAUGUAGAAAAACAGUCUGAUAAUUUGAAAACUGUUGACAAAAAUUGCCAAAAUAAAGGAAGUCAAAACUCUUUGGUGCAUGUAGUUUAUCACGAAGGAAACGAAAGUGUUAGUAGUAAAAUACAAUAUCAGAACAAUUGUACAAAGAAUGGUAAUCAGCAGCAACUGUGCACAAGAGACAAAUUUUUAAGUAGAAAUUUUAAUAAAAAAAAUUCAAUACGCCGUAGCGAUCCGCAACACCAAAAUGUAUUCCAGAAUCAGAGCGAAAACAUACCUUAUAAAAUUAAUGAUACUUGUCUUAACAGUAAGAUAAACGUUGAUAAAGGAAAGCAAACGAAGCUGACUAAAAAGCAUGAAUUACAAAUCGAUGGCAAGUACAGUUCAAAUUCUUGGAAUAAAUCUUCCAACUGUAAUCACAUAGUUCCUGAAAAUUGUAAAAAUUACUUUGAUAAAAAAGAACCGAGUCACGUCGAUAUUAUUAACGAUAGAUUGUGGAAAAACGAGUGGACGAAAUUAAAAUCACAAACCAAGACGAAAGAAAACAAAGAUAAAGUUAAUAGUGACAUCGAGAUCGACAUAAUUAAUGAUAGGAUUUGGAAAAAUGAUAGAUCAACUCAAGAAAUUCAACAUCCGACGCAAUUAACUUUAAUAGAAGUCAAGAAUAUUGAUAAUAUCGCACAUCAAAAUGAUUCUGGACAAAUAGAGAUAGCCACUAGUCCAAGUUUUAGUAGCGAUAGUAUUGUAAUUUCAACUUCCGAUCCUUCCAGUAGUUCUAGUGAUGUCGUUCAAUUAAGUAGAAUGCGUUUGCAUAAUGCUAGUAACUUGAAAUCUAAUACUCAGAACAGAAUAACUGGUCCAAGGAAUUGUCUCGUAAGAGUAACACCUGGAUCGAAGAAUAUUCUUUUAGAUAAUGCUGGACAUUAUAAAACUGUAUUAUACACUGGAAAUAAUAAACCAAACACCGCUUUAGUUCACUCGAAAAAAUUAUCUCGAUCUGGAUCCGAGAGAUCAAUUUCAACCAGUAGCGAAGAAAAUACUCCGAUGUUGCUACAUGACAAUAAUCAGUUGCAAAGAGUAGCCGAAUGGGUUCAAUCUUCAGUUCACAUGGACAAUUCUAGGUCAAAUUACACGGAAUUAAAGCCUAAUGGAAAUAUAAUUGAGAAAAGUCUUUCGUUAACAUAUUUAAACGAGUCGCAAACAAAGUCCAAAUCGAUCGAAAAUAAUCGAGAAUUAUAUGAGAAUUCAUCAGAAAAUAAGUGUAAAAAUUUAGCGAUGGACGUCCAAGAGUUUAAAGGAGGCAAUUUAAAUAAUGAUGUAAAUAAUUUUUCAUUGAAUGUAAAUAACUCUGAUGUAGAAAAGGAGAAAGAUUUAAUAUCUUUCGACGUUCCAACGGAAGAGGAAACUGUCUUGCCUAAAAUAUUGAAGAAACCAGUCACGGUGGAUUUUGAUUACGAGGUCAAGAUCACUAAAGAAAUGGAAGAAACUUAUUUAAAACUUGCAGCGAGUUUAGAUCCUGUCGCGUUAAGCCUAUCGAGCACGGAUAAUGCGGAUUUAACGAUCGAGAAAUAUAGGAAAGAUCAUAAGAGAUUUCAAAGGAGUCACGAUAAAACGGGAUCAAAAGUGUAAAGUAUUUCCAGCAAAUAUUUCAAAUAAAUUAUUACUAUUUCAGCAGGGAGUUCCUUUAAAUAUAAAGAGCAUUAUUUUUUGUAACUACGUGAAACUAAGGCUGUACCAAGAACAGUAG